AACAACAAAAAAUGGUGAUUAGAGAAACAAAACCAGUGAUCUUUCUCUUUACUUUCCCUUUACAAGGUCACUUAAACCCAAACUUCCAGCUUGCCAACAUCCUCUUUAAAAGAGGCUUCUCCAUCACAGUGAUUCACACUGAGUUCAACGCUCCAAACCCUUCCAACUUCCCUCACUUCACUUUCGUGUCCAUUCCCGACGGUUUGUCUGAAUCCGAAGCCUCGAAUCCCGACGUCAUCGAGCUUCUCCAUGACCUCAAUUCCAAAUGUGUUGCUCCUUUUGGUGAUUGCUUGAAGAAGCUUUUGUCUCAAGAACCAACUGCUGCUUGUGUGAUAGUAGAUGCUCUUUGGUACUUCACUGAUGGUUUAACCGAGAAGUUUGGUAUCCCAAGGAUGGUUCUUCGGACGGUUAACCUCUCAGCUUUCGUUGCUUUCUCGAAGUUUCAUGUCUUACGAGAGAAAGGGUAUCUUUCUCUUCAAGAGUCUCAAGCCGACUUACCAGUUCCAGAGCUUCCACAUCUUAGAAUGAAAGAUCUUCCCUGGUUCCAGACAGAUGAUCCAAGAUCAGGUGAUAAGUUAAAGAAAGGUGUGCUGAAGUCACUAAAGUCAUCAUCAGGAAUCAUAUUCAACGCCGUUGAAGAUCUUGAAGCAGAACAGCUAAAACAAUCCCUCAAAGAGUUCCCGGUUCCACACUUCUGUAUUGGACCCUUUCACAAGCACGUUUCACUUUCAUCAAGCAGCUUACUUACACAAGACAUGACCUGUCUCGCCUGGCUAGACAAGCAAGAACUGAACUCUGUGAUCUACGUAAGUCUUGGAAGCAUUGCUUCGAUAGAUGAAUCUGAGUUUUUGGAGAUUGCUUGGGGUCUAAGAAACAGCAACCAGCCUUUUCUAUGGGUGGUUAGACCCGGUUUGAUCCGAGGCACGCAGUGGAUUGAGAAUCUCCCUAAAGGGUUCAUCGAAAGCCUUGAUGGUAAGGGUAAGAUCGUGAAAUGGGCACCUCAGAUAGAGGUUUUAGCUCACCGUGCAACAGGAGGGUUCUUGACACAUUGUGGAUGGAACUCGACGAUAGAGAGCAUAUGUGAAGGCGUACCAUUGAUAUGCAAGCCUUCUUUUGGGGACCAGAGGGUGAAUGCAAGGUACAUUAGUGAUGUUUGGAGGAUCGGUUUGCAUUUGGAGAACGAAAUUGAGAGAGUGGAGAUCGAGAGAGCGGUUAGAACACUGAUGAAGAGCUCAGAAGGAGAAGAGAUCGGUAAGAGGAUCAUGCCCAUGAGGGAAACUGCUGAGAAAUGCCUUGAGCCUGGAGGUUCAUCGUUUAUGAAUCUUGAAAAGUUGAUUGCCCAUAUAUUGUCCUUUUAAUGUCCACAUUCUGUUUGCUUUGUUUAAAUUUGUUCAACUCCAAAAAUAAGGCACAUCUGAUUUGUUACCUAUCAAAAAAAAGUUG